AUAAGUACAUGUUGUGCUUGCUCAUAUUUUUCAUUGCAUAUUCGAAGAUGGCUUCACUUAAACUUUCCAUGAUUAUUUUGGCAAUUGCCAUUUUUGCAUCUUUUGUAUCGGUGGUGAUUGCCGUCCCCGGACAGGCCACGUAUUACACUACUUAUGUUCCAUCUUCAUGCUAUGGGUUCGAAGACCAUGGAACUAUGAUAGCAGCCGCAAGUGGAGAUGUCUUUCAAAAUAGGGCAGCUUGUGGUAGAAGGUACCGUGUCACUUGUACUAGUGGCACCAACCAAGGCGUUCCUCAACCUUGCCGAGGCGGUAGUGUUAUAGUCGAAGUAGUAGACCUUUGCCCUGGUUGCUCGGCUAACGGACUUGAUCUCUCCUUUGAAGCUUUUUCUGUCAUCGCUGAUCCUAACGCCGGUAGAAUUAACAUCGAUUUCACCCCGGUCUGAUGAUUCUGAUCACUGAAGCUCAGGGAACUACCAACAAAGAGAAGGAUGGCAGAAAAAAUUACGUCCUUGUAAUCAACUACUACGUAUUAAGCAAAUAAAAGUACUUGGAGUUUAUAAUGAAUUUACUUCCCAAGUAUAUCCUUGAUGUAUAUUAUAUGUACAACAAUUUGCUAUAUAUGCAAGUAUUGAUGAAUAAAAGCUAAUUAGAUCAA